UGUUGUUCUGUCUAUGUCGCUGCUGAAAGAGAUAAGAUGUAACUUUCAUCAUCACAAUAAGGACAGAUGGUUCGCUACUUCGAUUUCUAAUCAACGACAUUAACUGAUAUUUUGCUACAGAUUCAGUAGCCCUUGGCCAGACUCGUAGAUAAUGUCUCCCACAACUUAUAAGAAUAUCAUUGAUGUGUUGGCAAUCUUAUGUUUGGUUUACGAGAUGCAACGUUCAAGAGGUCAAAUAUAUAACACACGCUUAUGUGGAUCUUUAAGUAAAAUGGUAUGACUUGAUCAAUUUCUUUGUUUUAUACUUAGUAAGUAAGUAUUGCCCAGAAGAAUUAAGCUACAAUAGUUUAAUUUUGCAGCUGGCUAAUGUAUAAAUGUAGGCCUAUGACUAGAGAGUGUGGACAACAGUGCCAGUUGAUAUAGCUAUCAGACGAAACGCACAACAGACCAAAGGCAAGGAACUGCACUCCGCUUAUUCACAAAAUUAUUGUUAUCUUAGAGAUUUUGGGAUGGAAAGGAUUCAUGACGCUGGUUAUUCUAAUCCUAACGUGAUUAUUAGGCCUAAGCGAAUAUUCGUUCUGUAUAAUCUAUGUGGCGCUUGUAUUUGUCCAUAUUCGUUGUUUUGUGCAUUGUCAUUCUAUACACCUGUUUCCCAGAAUGCUAGAUGUUCUAGAUAUGUGAAACAUGCAUGCGUAUAAGGAAGCCAGUAAACCGACAUAUACAACCUAAACAUUUAAAGAACUCAGAAUAAAAUAAUCUUAGCAUAUUUUGCAAUCAUACACAGUUUUUGCUAUUCAGUGCCACUGCAUGAACAUUAUUUGUUCUGUUCCCAAAUAUUACUAGGUAAACGAAUAAUGUUCAGUGCUCUGUAUUCUUUUCAUUCAUGUGGGCGUCAAGGCUGGUUUAUUUAAAAAAAAAGAUGCUAAGGGAACGGUCAUACAGUAAGUGUUAUGGGGCGGAGGCUAUUUGGUAUGUAACCAAAUUCUGUUCUAAGGGGUCGAAUAAUUUUGUUAUUAAACUGGGGUUGGGGGUUGGAGGGGGUAUCAAACGAAAAAUUAACCUCUAUUCUUUUCUCUAUGAUAUAACAUCAUCACAUAAUAACCAUUUUUCCUCAGUGAUAUUAACCUGUUACUGCAACAGCAUCAUUAUAUAUAUAUAUAUAUAUAUAUAUAUAUAUAUAUAUAUAUAUAUAUAUAUAUAUAUAUAUAUAUAUAUAUAUAUAUAUAUAUAUAUAUAUAGUUUUCAGAAGACAGUAAACAUGAAGAAGGUUUUGUUGUCCUUACUUGAAACAGCAUGAUUCCGGUAUUCAUCAUUUCGGGAAAAUUCAAGUUUCAACUCCUCAUGAUUCCCGCAACAGCAAAUUUUUUCCAGGAACAUAUUUUUGUUUCACUGGUAAUUAUAGUUGUGGUUUAAACAUGUGAUUCACUGAUAUGUAUUUGUAGCCAUAAAUCUAAACAUGUAACAUUGUUUGUGAUUGUACUAUGCAUGCGUGAAGUAAAAACAGUUAAUAACAGUCCUUGCAAGAAAGUUUAGCAGCGGAAUUUUUAAUCAGGCAACGAGAGAGAGGGAGCCUUUCACACACUUUCGUCCAAUUAAACAGCUUUUAAUGAAAACCCCCCAACUUUUUUAGGGUUUCAGUGCUAUUUGAGCACGGAAACCCUAAUUACUCUAGGGUUUGUAUCGAUUAUAACAUAACAUUAUAUGGAACAGUACCAUCGAAAGGCGUUGCCAGUGGUAUUAUUAUAUUGUUAAAUAUGGGAUCGAAGUCAAUAGUAUUAUGUACACCAGUUGUCUUGUGUUGAUUAAUAAUAUCUGCAGGCGUAUUCAAGGACAUGUUUAAUUUCCAUCGCUGCUUUAAAUAUACAUUUUAUUUUUGACAGAUAUCAAUCCAUUAAGAUAAUACCUGUAUGUCUUCUCCUUCAUAUGCUGACAUAUUGUAUAUAUCCUCAUGCUAAAUUCAGGAUGUUUGACUUUAAGCUUUAAUGCCUGGUCUGUUUUUAUUAAAGUUCAAGGUAGUAAUUAACUAUCACACAGUAGCCCGUUGUUGAUUUUUACCAAUUGUAUGCAAAUGUUAUCAUUUCAUACAAUAUCUCAUUUAUUCAGACAUUUAAUGAUGUACAACAUAUAGGCAGAUGGCAUCCUUUAGUGAUGGGGCUUAGAUCCAGGGAAUGCGAUAUAAUGACAAUAACAUUAUUCAUUCCGGCCCUCUGAAAAGCUGUUAUAUGAGCGACACUUGUUUUGGGAGAGGAGUGCCCCUUUAAGCACUCGUAAAUGUAUGUGAAAAUCGUCAGUGAACUCUCUGCAAUAUCGAAACACGUGGUUUUCCCUUGCCUUUUUUGUCAGUCAUCUUAAGAGAAGUUGAUGGGUUUGGGUUAGAAUAAGUUGAUUAAGAAAAAGACAUUUGUUGCAUGCAAAACGUCUAUGGAUGUGACGUACUUUCAUUAAAACACCAUCAAACUGUCAUGUGAUUCAAUAUACACAUAGGCAGCUCCUCAAAAUAAAUUGCUGGGGCAAAAGUAAAGGUAAGGAAUGAUAACAUCAAGGAAUUAAUAAUCUUCUAGUGCAUGCUGUGAUUUAUUUGCAUACAAACGAUACAUCUUGUACACGCAAUCGGUCAUCCGCAGACAGCUGAAUGACAUAAACUUUUAGCGAGAGGGCUAGCUAAUCCUAGACCUAGGAGAGCUUGGGGCAUGAACCGGUUGAAUAUAUUUUUUUCAAAGGAAUUAUAACACGAUUUCCAGCGUUUUAGGCGAUGUUAUAAAAAUUUUUUAUCAAGAAAAUAUAAUGUCUACAGGGCAAUACAAUCAAUAAUACAAUUUUACUAGUCACAAAUGUCAUCCUUGAUUUUAGGAAAACUAGCAACACUAGAUCGAUCUUGGAAAAUUUCAUAGAAAUAAAUUGAAACAAUAAUGACAAAUCUUAAUAAACUGCAAAAUUUCUUAUAUAAUUAUUAUAGAUUAUUUCUCCCCUAUUAAAAUGUUAUGGGGGCUUAACUAAACUGAAAGGAACCGAUACUCCUCAGCGUCCAAGUGAUGGAUAUAUGGGUGAUGAAUAGCCAUGCUCUACGGAUAUGAGAGAAUGAAAAAGACGAAAUUAUGCAAACUUCGAGCGACUAAGGAAUGAUUUAUGUAUAAUACGAGGCAGCACUGAAUUUUAUUGGUUGGUUGGUUGGUUAAGUGAGAUUGGAACCUGGUUGAUGAUGCUUAAAUUCUCUGAUAUUUAUUUUAGAAAUGUUGUUGUCUGAACAUUCAGAAAUGUCAUUUAAUCAUUGUUUGGCUGUAUUUGCUAAUGCAUACCAGGGGCAGCGGAAUAUGGAGGUUAGAGGGGCUCAUGCCCCAGAAGUUAAAGCAGAGAGACUAAGCCCCGCCCCCCUCAAAGUAAUAUGAAAAUUCUUGAUCGUUGCCUAAUUAACAGGUAUUUAAGUGAAUUUAAACUGGGGAAUUAAGUACCCAUUGUAGUUUUCACAGAGGAACCAGCUGCCCUAAAAUUGAUUAAGUCGUAUAUGUCUUGGUUAAAGUUCGACCAUGCAAAUUUACCUGUCGUUUUUGCACUUACUGUAGUCGAAAACUGCGGUACCUAAUUACUUAGCUGAAAAUUGACCCCUCCCUCAAAGGAAACAUAAAACCCGUUGCGUCACCACUUAAGCACACUGUGGUUGCCACCUGACUUUGGUAGAGCCAAUCGUAUUAAAUCGCAUGAAGUGAAUUAAUAUCAUGUUAAUAUCUUGCGGCCAAAUAUAGCACGCGCAGGCUAAAAAUAAGUGCACCUGCUUCCUCGACCAGCGUAACCUUGACUGAGUGUUGUCUCACUAGCUCGGACGGAGCAUUCCUUAACACGCACUGAGUCUUGCCUCAUUCUGUCCGAUUGUUGUCAUACUCUGAUUGAGUGUUGCCUUACUGUGACUAACGUCUGUAUUCUAAAAGCUCACUCACACUCAAAGAGUGGAACUCCGAUCGCAGCUUUCCUCGAAUGUCAAUUUACCUGUCGUUUUUGCACUUACUGUAGCCGAAAACUACGGUAUCUAAUUACUUAGCUGAAAAUUGACCCCUUCCUCAAAGAAAACAUAAAACCCGUUGCGUCACCACUUAAGCACACUGUGGUUGCCACCUGACUUUGGUAGAGCCAACCGUAUUAAAUCGCACGAAGAGAAUUAAUAUCAUGUUAAUAUCUUGCGGCCAAUAUAGCACGCGCAGGCUAAAAAUAAGUGCACCUGCUUCCUCGACCAGCGUAACCUUGACUGAGUGUUGUCUCACUAGCUCGGACGGAGCAUUGCUUAACACGCACUGAGUCUUGCCUCACUCUGUCCGAGUGUUGCCACACUCUGAUUGAGUGUUGCCUUACUGUGACUAACGUCUGUAUCCUAAAAGCUCACUCACACUCAAAGAGUGGAACUCCGAUCGCAGCUUCCCUCGAAUGUCAAUGCUGUUUUUGAGUAGCUGAAAGGUUAGUGUCAUAGCUUACUAUGCGACUACUCACCCUCCAGCUAUUCUAAAACAACAUUGGUGCUCAAGGAAAGCUCAGUUUGAACUUCCACUCAUUGAGUGUGAGCGGUAGUGAGCUUAAUUUAGAAUGCUGGCGUAAGAGUUUCCUCUGUCUGGCUGACGCCUGUAUUCUAAAAGCGCACUCACACUCAAUGAGUUGAAGUUCAAUCCGAGCUUCUAUCGUGUGUCAUUGCUGUUUUUGAAUAGCUGGAGGGUUACGCCCAUAUUCUAAAAGCUCACUCACACUCAAUGAGUGUAGGUUCAAUCUGAGCUUCUCUUAAGUGUAAGUGCUGUGUUUGAAUAGCUGAAAGGUUAGUGCCGUACCUUACUAUGUGACUACUCACCCUCCCGCUAUUUAAAAACAGCAUUGACACUCAAGGGAAGCUCAGAUUGAACCCCCACUCAAUGAGUGUGAGUGAGCUUUUAGAAUACGGGCGUAAGAGUUGCUUUAUUCUGAACGAGUGUACCCCACUCUACUAGUGUUGUGUUACUCUCACUGAGUGUUGCCUUAUUCUGACUAAGUGUUGUGUUACUCUCACUGAGUGCUGCCUUAUUCUGACUAAGUGUUGUGUUACUCUCACUGAGUGUUGCCUUAUUCUGACUGAGUGUUGUGUUACUCUCACUGAGUGUUGCCUUAUUCUGACUAAGUGUUGUGUUACUCUCACUGAGUGUUGCCUUAUUCUGACUGAGUGUUGUGUUACUCUCACUGAGUGUUGCCUUAUUCUGACUAAGUGUUGUGUUACUCUCACUGAGUGCUGCCUUAUUCUGACUGAGUGUUGUGUUACUCUCACUGAGUGCUGCCUUAUUCUGACUGAGUGUUGUGUUACUCUCACUGAGUGUUGCCUUAUUCUGACUAAGUGUUGUGUUACUCUCACUGAGUGCUGCCUUAUUCUGACUGAGUGUUGUGUUACUCUCACUGAGUGUUGCCUUAUUCUGACUAAGUGUUGUGUUACUCUCACUGAGUGUUGCCUUAUUCUGACUAAGUGUUGUGUUACUCUCACUGAGUGUUGCCUUAUUCUGACUGAGUGUUGUGUUACUCUCACUGAGUGUUGCCUUAUUCUGACUAAGUGUUGUGUUACUCUCACUGAGUGCUGCCUUAUUCUGACUGACGCCGGUAUUCUAAAAGCUCACUCACACUCAAUGAGUGGAGGUUCAAUCUGAGCUUCUCUUGAGUGUUACUGCUGUUUUUGAAUAGCUGGAGGGCUAUUGUCAUAACUUACUCGGUGACUACUCGCCCUCCAGUUAUUCAAAAAUAGCAUUGGCGCUCAAGAGAAGCUCAAAUUGAACCUCCACUCAUUGAGUGUGAUUGCGAGUGAGCUUUUAGAAUACGGGCCUGAGUGUUGUAUCACUCUCACUGAGUGUCACUGAGUGCUGCCUUAUUCUGACUGAGUGUUGUGUCACUCUCACUGAGUGCUGCGCCCGUAUUCGAAAAGAUCACUCAUACUCAAUGAGUGGAAGUUCAAUCUGAGCUUCUCUUGAGUGUCAUUGCUGUUCUUGAAUAGCUAAAGGGUGAGUAGUCACAUAUUAAGGUACGACACAAACCCUCCAGCUAUUCAAAAACAGCAAUAACACUCGAGAGAAGCUCAGAUUGAAUUUCCACUCAUUGACUGUGAGUGACCUUUUAGAAUACGGGCCGUGAGUGUUGGCUUAUUCUGAUUGAGUGUUGUCUAAUUCUCACUGAGUGUUGCCUCACUCUCACUGAGAGUUCCCUUAUUCUGACUAAUUUUGAAAUUACGAAUAGUCAACCUCGUUCCCAGGCCUGAGGGAUACUCAUUUGGUAGUUUGCGGAAAUCAUUGAUUUUUUAUUUUUACAAUGAGCGGGGUGGGGGAGUUGUUAAUUCCCCGAGCCGACCGCGCAAAGUCCCGUGCGAGGGUACUAAUUCCCCCCGGCUAAUUACACCCGGGGAAACGAAAGCAUUAGCGAAGUCUAAAGUUCAUCAAUGAUCGCGGAUGGGUGGUCAUCCUCACUGAUCUCAUCUGAUCGUGGCUCACCAACGGUGUUGGGGUGUUGGAUGGGUGGUCAUCCUCACUGAUCUCAAAAAUAUGGCGGACUGUCAUGAAUAGCGGACACUGAUUGGUCCAAUUUAAAGUUUGCAUUAUAACGACUGCAUGACGACAGCGAAAUAGCAAACAUUUCUGGAUUUGAUGAUUGAUAAAUUUCUUGCAAAUAUAUUUCAUUUUUGCUCGCCGCAUUUUUGCAAGAUUUUGUAAAUUUCAAAAGCUUUCUCAGAAAGAAAGGGCGAAAGAGUCGGCUAAAAGAAGGGAGCCGACGUUAACGAAGGUAUGUUUGUUUUAAAUAUUGAUUUUAUAAUUGCUUAAAAACCCGACCGCCUUUGGCCCUUUGGCACUUUGCGUAUAUGAAACAACUAAACAAGACAGCAUAUAAUUUCAGUGUAUUAUUAAUAUUGAUUCCCUUUUUUAAAUAAAAAAGAAAGCACAGUUAUUUGCAUGCGAGAAUUUGAAAUCAUUUUAUUGCAAAUUCAAAGUUUAUCGAUAAAGCCAUUUAAUUAAAGAAUAAAGGCAGUUUAGUUUUAUAAAGAACACUUUAAUUAUAUAAAACGUUUUGCGAAGCAUUUGUGGUUGAAUUUUACCUUAAAUUGAAGCUUAUAUUACGUAUAAUAACAUACCUAACAUAUAUACGUUUAGUCUAGGACCUGUAUAUGAGUUUGUAUAUAUGCGUUUCAUUUAGGACAUGUAAUCUCUACUGUUUUAAGGGUAAAAUGACCAUGGCGGUCAACAUGGCAUAUGUGCCAAAACCUGAAUCCGGGACGAAAGUCCUGAAAAUUACCCCGCCCUGUAACGGCAGUGUCGUCAUAACUCUAACUUCCGAAAAGAAAAAGCAAUAGCCUUUCUGAAGUGCUUAUAGUGUUCAGAAGGGUUGGUUUUAGUGGUGGUCAUUGGAAGGAAAAUUUGUCUAAGUAUAAUAUUUUACAAGAAAAUGACCAUGCACCACCCCAGGUAAAUUGCUAAAUAUGCACAAAAUAACUAAUAUGCCUGGCAGAAAUUAAAUUUUCUUAUCUCCUAAAAAAAAUUAUCAUGGGGUGAAAAACUAUGCUCAAUUUAAUAUAAUUAUUGUGGAUUUCAUUAGGAUUGUCAUUGUUUUCAUUACAUAUAAUACAUUUUAUUUCACGUACCCCCCACGAAAUUAAAACACAAUUUCAGCCAUAUUUUGCCGUCUUGUUUGCUUUUUAUCGCCGAAUCUGGCAAAUAUCAUCCAGUUGUCGUACUUUUACAUAAUCAUGAAUGGCUGAAGAAGAUUUCAAAGAAGGUUUCAUCAAGUUUGGAAACAGUGCAGUGUAUUUUAUCUUCGAUAUUGUAUCCUUCGAUAUUUCGUGAAAAAUGGCGCCAUUGCAAUGACGCGCCGCUUCUCUGGCAGAUAAAUGCUACUUCUUCGUCUUCCUAUGUAUAUAGAUUACAGUAUCCAGAAGUAAUUCAUUGUAGAAUAGUCCCAAUGGAAAAAUUGAAAACAUUAGUUGUAUUGGAAAGAAGAAAACCUCCCAAUACAGUUGUCUUGUCAGAAUUCAAAAGAAGUCAUUUAAAAGUCACGCCAAGUUCGUGAAAACUCCUGGUGGGCUACCAUAGGCGUACCGGGCGGGGGGGCGGGGGGGGCGGCAGCCCCCCCAGUUUUUUGGGCAGUCGGGCAAUAUUCGAUGAACAGUCGGGCAAUUUUGGUUUGCAAUAAAAAAAAAUGGGUCAAAUUCUGUCAAUUUUGUCUAAAAAUAAUUCAAUUUUUUGGCAAAUUUUGUUUUUUUCGAAAAUUUAUGUUAUGCUCCUGAAAAAUUGUUUGUCCGGAAAAUUUUUUUGACCCCUAAAAUGGUACACUGACCGAAAUUUUUUUUGGCGACGGGGGGGGGGGAGGUCGCCAAAAUAAUUUUUCCGGAAAAAUUUUUUUGGUCCUAGUCGGGCAGAAUCCCGAAAAGUCGGGCAGAAUCUCGAAAAGUCGGGCAAUUUUCUUGCCGCCCCCCUAAUUUUUUCCUUCCGGUACGCCCAUGUGGGCUACAAUACAAGGGGGUGAAUAUUUUCACGAAACGUUUGUUCGCCACCACAGAAACCUAACUAAAUACACUAUAUUUAUUGAAUGUUUAUGAUUGAUGAUAAAAUACGCAAAUAUUUAUUGUUUUUAUCAUCAAUCAUAAACAUUCAAUAAAUAUAGUGUAUUUAGUUAGGGAAGCCUCACAUAUCGAUUUUUUCCACGAGAAACGUCAUAUGUUCGUUUGGGGGUGGGGGGGUUGGCAGCUGUGACGUUUCUCUGUAAACAUCAUGGGAAAAUUCGAUAGUUUUUAUCUUUGCAGAAUAUAAAAAAGAAAACAAUUUGAUACAAACAGCAGCCUAUAUAUUCGUAAUACCAUACCUGUUCUAUACCUAUACAUUUAUAUUAUUACGCCUUCCUUGCAUUGAAAACACUCAAAUUUAAAAAAAAAUACGCGCUAAAAUUAUCAAUAUUUCAUGCAAAAAAAGUUGUUUUGAGAAACGUUGGAUGACAUAUUCCUCGCGGAAGCAUCGCCAAUAGCCGACCGAAAAAAGUAGUAGAAAAUUACCUUGUGUGUACUAUAAGAACAAAAUAUCGAUAACUAUGUGUGACGUUUCUAAGGGGGGGGGGGCUCUCCAGAGAAACGAACAUAUGACGUUUCUCGUGGACAAAAUCGAUAUGUGAGGUUUCCCUUAUAUAUAGGUUUCUGUGGUGGCGAACAAACGUUUCGUGAAAAUAUUCACCUCCUGUCAUGUAGCCCACGAGGAGUUUUCACGAACUUGCGCGUGACUUUUAAAUUACUUCUUUUGAAUUCUGACAAGACAACUGUAUUGGGAGGUUUUCUCCUUCCAGAUACAACUAAUGUUUUCAAUUAUUCUAUACAAUGAAUUACUUCUGGAUACUCUAAUCUAAAUACAUAGGAAGACGAAGAAGUGGCAUUUAUUGAGCAGAGAAGCGACGCGCCAUUGCAAUGGCGCCAUAUUUCACGAAAUAUCGAAGGACACAAUAUCGAAGAUAAAAUACACUGCACUGUUUCCAAACUUGACGAAACCUUCUUUGAAAUCUUCUUCAGCCAUUCAUGAUUAUGUAAAAGUACAACAACUGGAUGAUAUUUGCCAGAUUCGGCGAUAAAAAGCAAACAAGACGUGGGGGCUAAGUGAAAUAAAAUGUAUUAUAUUUAAUUAAUGAAAAUAAUGACAAUCCUUAUGAAAUCCACAAUAAUUAUAUUAAAUUGAGCAUAGUUUUUCACCCCAUGAUAAUUUUUUUAGGAAAUAAGAAAAUUUAAUUUCUACCAGGCAUAUUAGUUAUUUUGUGCAUAAAUAGCAAUUUGCCUGGGGUGGUGCAUGGUCAUUUACUUAUAAAAUAUUAUACUUAGACAAAUUUUUCCUUCCAAUGACCACCCCUAAAACCAACCCUUCUGAACACUAUAAGCACUUCAGAAAGGCUAUUGCUUUUCCUUUUGGGAAGUUAGAGCUAUGUCGACACUGCCGUUUCAGGGCGGGGUCCUUUUCAGGACUUUCGUCCCGGAUUCAGGUUUCGGCACAUAUGCCAUGUUGACCGCCAUGGUCAUUUUACCCUAAAAUAGUUGAGGUUACCUGUCCUAAAUGAAACGCAUGCAAACUCAUAUACAGAUCCUAGACUAGUUGGGAAAUUGAUAAUUUUGUAAUUAAAAGAGAUAUUUUUAGGCGAUUUUUCAUUUGUAAGAAUAUUCUUAAAAUCUUCUUAUAAAAUUAUCGUGUUACCAUGACAACUACUUUAGAUACUUCAUGUUCGGAAAAUACAAUGGUUUUGUCAGCAAGGCGAGAGUUUCUGCAUGCAUGUAUUUUCUAGUCUAUAGAUAUAAUCAGGGCUUGAAUAGAUAAUCGGUUAGGGUGCGACAGUGAAAGGUAAUUUCGUUUGUAUACUAUAUAUAGGCAACAAGACAACGCCUACGAUUUUGUCAAGAAAGUGGAAACAAUUUGGAAGGUAAAAUAAUUUCAGUCGAAAUGUUUUAUUGCAUUAUAACUUGCCAUUUCAACCUGAAGCACAUUAACAAAUUGGGGUCUAGUAUACAACUUUGUGAAACGUUUUAAAUCAUUCAUGAUGUGCGUUUGAAAUAGCUAGUGUGCACUGUAUAUGAGCAAGAAUAUCGGGCAAAGUCUGCAAAGAUAUGUAUUAUAUAUACUCUCACAUACAAUUGACCAAUCAGGAAUCUUCACAGGUGACGUCUAUUCUACAAGAUUUUAAAGUUUUCGCGAGAUUAAUUUUGUUUACAGUCGUGAGGUCAUUAAUAGAAAUAUUCAUAUCACUUCUCGUAAAAUUAAGCUAAGUCUCCUUCAAAAGUACUUAAUGCGUCUCAUUGAGUUUUGUUGAUGCACAUAAAUACAAGGUGAAGGUUAAAUAUGGAAAAAUAAUCAGUCUGACUCCAUCAGAGAAAUUAAGGCGUACAUAAUUAUGAGUAAGCAGUUCGUGCUUGAAAUCAAGAACGGCAGUCAUGCAGUUUCACGUUCGCGAUUUCAAACAAGAACGGCUGCCACCAUUUAUAACGGCUCGAUUUUCUUCCUUUCGGCGUUUGUGAAUCAAAAACAUCUCUUGCGAAAAUUGGGCUAGACCUAGUCGAGAUUUGAAUGAUGGGCGAGAUCGGAAAUAUUUGUCACAUUUCCCAUAAUUAUUACGUUUAGAAGAAUCCAAUAAAAUAUUGUUUUUAUUACUGUAUUCGUUGCCUUGACCAUGAUAUCCCAUCAUGUCUUUCAUUUAUUUCGCACUGUAAAAUUUUUGUAGUACAGUAGGGCAAAUAAACUGGAUGGGUACGUGAUGGUAGGAAAGCGGAUCUGAGAUGGUUUUUUGGUUAAUUAAAGCCACCAACCGUAAAUAAAAUUCUCAUAUAAGAAAGUUUCGGAUUGAUACGGCUGGAACUAUAUACAGUAUCUGUAAAAUACAAGUACAACUUCAACGACGAAGGGCUUUCGCUCAAAACAAUAGACUGUUCGUAAUUUUGGAUAAAUUUUCGCCCACCUGUGAAAAUUUUUUUUCACCCACCUAUGAAAAUUGUCAACAUUUUAAUUUCGUCCAUCUGUGAAAUAUUAAAAAAUUUCGCCCACCUGUAAAAAAAUUAUAAAUUUUUGCCCAACUGUGAAAAAAUUCAAAAUUUUCGCCCCCCCAGUGAAAAAUUUAAAAUUUUUCGCCCACCACCAAAUUUGAAUUUUCGCCCAGGUCCGAGGUGGUUCAAGGAUUUAAAAUUUUGCAGUUGGCCCAAAACUUGAAAUUUUAAGCAUGUCCCGGGUGGGUCAAAAAUCUGAAUAUUUGCACAGAUCCUUUCUUUCUACUGGCUUAAGUGAAGUCAGAAGCAGUACUGGCCAUAUAAAACUACCCCUAUACGGCAUAGUAACAUUUAGUAUAUGCGGAAAACAGACCUCUCAACUCUCACGCAUUCGGCGUGAGUCUCACGCAAUUCGCUUCAGUCUCACGCUCUCACGCCAGACCUCUCAAUUCUCACGCAUUCGGCGUGAGUCUCACGCAAUUCGCUUCAGUCUCACGCUCUCUCUCACGCCAAGUUUAGUAAAUCUAACGCAUAAAAAUUUUGGUAAGUCCGGAAAAAUUUUUGGACCCCUAAAAUGGCACACUGAUCGAAAUUUUUUUGGCGAGGGGGGGGCGCCGAAAUAAUUUUUCCGCAAAAAAUUUUUUCGGUACUAGUCUCACUCUUACCUUCUCUGCAAAGUUGAGAGGUCUGGGAAAACGGUAUCUGACAGACUGUAAUCUGAAAUAGAGACAGAUGUACAAUUUAUGGACUCGCCAUUGCAUAUUUGCAAUCCUGUUCAAUAAUCCUUCGCGCACUCAGUAUAAAUAUCAAAAUCCUUUACCCAAUUUCCGAUUGACAUAUUAUUACGUACAGUACUUGCACAUUUUAUUCACGAUUCCGUAUUCAGGCCCCUUACCCCAUUCAAUGUCUGCCUCCUCUGCAGGCCCUCGUUGUGUCAGGGAAGGUAACGAUUUCGAGAGGGCCGGCGGAAUCUUGUAAAAUGAAUAAAUGUUGUUUUGAACCUGCUUCGUUAAAGAAGGCAGUUUUAUUCGUUGGUGUGGACAACAAACCUUAUCAUUAAAAAAUGCUUCCUUCCACGUCCUAAGAGUCGCCAGUUUAAUUUACAAGUUUCACGCUGCUUUUUUAUAUCCUGUGUAUAUUCAAGAUUAUGUAGAAAUUUACUUGCUGACGUGAUGCCGGCGCCAUUUUUUUUACAAGAUUCCGCAGGUCCUCGCCAGAUCGUGACCUUCCCAUGACGCAACGAGGGCCUGCGGACGAGGCAGAUUCAUUGUGGCGUAACUCCUUGCAAGUCUAACACACUACUGAAUGUUGGAAGGAGGGGCUGCUCUGCUUGUUAUUGAAGUGGAGGUCAAAUUUUGCAUGCACUGUCAAUGUCAAGUGAUGAAAUUUUUGAUUGUAGGUAACAUGCAUAUCCCCAAUAAUGCAAGAUGGUAAACAGCUCACUAAUUUAUGAUGAUUAAUAUUUGGAGAACUAAGCAACAUGUGAAGAAGCUGUAAAAACUUUAACAUUUGUUUCAUUUUUACUAUAGUCGUUCGAAUAAAAAGGGAUGUCAAUACAACACAGCAAACGAUUAAAAUUACUGUAAGUAAAAGUUGAUCUUAAUAACAACAUAGAGCAAAACCCAAAUUUGAAACUCUUAACUUUCUGGGGAGGGGAGAUCUCACUUCAACACCUCUUACGACUGCUUAAAUGUACCAGAUCCUGCAACUUGCAGUUCACGUUAUCUGUAUCCAAUAUGAGUGUAAUUUCUAAAUUUGUUUUCUUCUUCCAGACUCACAAACAAAUAGCCACUACAAAAGGACCGUCAUAUGGUAAGUUGAUUGCAGGUGUCGUUUUAUAAUUAUCACAGUGAUGAUAAAAUAUCCGGAAAUUAGCGUUUCGUUGUUGCCAUGUUCCAUAUCAAUAUACUGUAUACUGUUGUAUCCUAUUUCAGGACAGUAACUCUUCUGUUUAGUGAAAUCCUGGUCAAUUGUGACUGGGUCUGGAAAUCUUUUGAAUUUUUUAUUGAUUUUAAUUUCAUUCGCUUUUGUACAUCUCUCUGUCUGUCUGAAUGCUUGUCUGCCAGUACGAAGAUCAGGAAGCGUAUAGAACAGCAAUGUAUAUGCGCUAUAGAAAUGUUAUUAUUAUUAUUAUUAUUAUUAAACGUAAGGUUUUUAGCAUUUUAAAACAUUUUUAUUUUUAAAAAACAUUACAUGAGUUUACUGAUCUUGAGUUAUGCAUAAUUGAUUAUCCUAUAGUUAGUUUUUUUCAUGUAAAAGAACUGAUUUGCUCAUUUCGCCUUUUCAUAUCCAAGCUUAAUCCUAUUUUAAAUGCCAACAUUAGAUCAACUCCUCUUGACCUAUUCUAAUGCUUUGCUACAGUAUAGGACGAUAAUUACUAACCAUUAUAUCUUUAAUUUACUAAUAUUUUUAAUGAUAGGUUGCUUUUCAUCCCUUCCUCUUAUUCGCUUAUUUGAAUAUUGUAACCGUGAAAUACGGAUGAAACAGACUGUUGUGUUUUUUGAGGUAAAACGAAAAACUAUAUUACGCUCUAUCUAUAUGGUAUUGAGCACUGCUUGUGUUUCCUAAACCAAAAUCUUAAGCUAUAUAUAAAUAUAUAUAUAUAUAUAUAUAUAUAUAUAUAUAUAUAUAUAUAUAUAUAUAUAUAUAUAUAUAUAUAUAUAUAUAUAUAUAUAUAUAUAUACACUACGAGCCUUCUUCAGAAUACUGAGAUUAAAAUUACAUAUGUACAUUAUUACCCACUGGGGCACCCUGCGCCCCAGACGAGUAUAGGUUUCGGCUCGCAUUUUUCUCCGACAGUGGAUCGUGGAUCGAAGAUCGAUAGCCACAAAAUAGAAUAUUAAUGCGCUACCUAAUUUUUACCCAAAUUAUCCAUAAAGCUCGUGCAGCUCCUGCCAAUUUUUACCCAAAUUAUCCAUAAAUAACCCUGCGUUUUGAGGAAAAUUCGGGAAAAUUGAAAAUUUUACAUGGGAUUCGUCAUGGAAACACCAACCUUCGCAAAUCGCAAGUUUAUACGUUUGGUUGCGCUGCUUUAUAUUUUGAGAAGAAAGCGACACCGUUCGAUUCAGCGUAAGAAAUUGUACUUACGGAUGUCAAGUGUAUUACUAAACACCAGUAUUCUAGCGAUUUAUGGCCUUUGCAUGACAAUCAAGCGAAAUUGUAUUGUACGACAAAUCGCUCGCAGUACGUAUUUGUUGACAAACCACUCGCCGUACGUUUCAUAGUGUAUUUGUAAUGCCUACAUGGUGCAAUAAGGAUAAAAAUACCACCGUUCGAUUCAGCGUUAGAAAUUGUACUAAUUACGGAUGUCAAAUGUACAGUAUUACUAAACAACAGUAUUCUAGCGAUUUAUGGCCUUUGUCUUUGAAAGCCAAGCGAAAUUGCAUUGUUUACAAAUCGCUCAAAAUUAUUAAACUAAUUAUAAAAAAUAGGUACGCUAAGGGGGGGGGGGUGCUCUGCCAGCUCUGGUGCCGAGUUGUGUCGAACAUGCGUGCCGCCCACCCAUCAACUUGCUUCACUACUGCAAGGGCUUGCUUGAAUACAGGAAUUGAGUUGUAAUUGUUGUUUACAGUUCGCUUAUCAUCAUAUUACUCAAAUUAUCAUGAAAAAUAGCACCCCUCCCCCCCCUGGCCAGGGCUAGGGGGUCCACUCCUCCCCCCCUCCCACAUCCCCCAGUAAAUCAAUCCCUGUUCAUAAUCUUGAUAGUUCAUAAUAAACUUUAGCAGGCAUGCGAGAACAUUGUAGAUGCAUAGAAGUUGUCAGCAUAACAGGUGGUGCCAAUAUACAUUUGCAGAGUUUUGAAAGCCUUUUUACACCAUAAUUGAUACAUAACAUCAACAUUUCUGCUGUUUAUAAUUGAUCUAUUUCAUUUUAGAAAAUGUCAUAGUCAGGGUUGAUGGCACACAAAUCAACUGUUUAUGCCUAGUAAAUAUGUCAAAUAGGUCAUAUAUUUCAUGAAAGUCAUUCAUCAGUAACAAAUGAUGCCAGUAUGGAAAUUAGAAGUAUAAUCGAUGCAUAUAGUUCUUGAAUAGAAUGAUAUAAUUCAGCAUACCAGAUCCAUGCAAUAAUAUUUUGUCGUGGAAAAAAAUCCAAUAAACAGAAUAUUAUGUUAGUUUUGUACAUUGUGUGCUAUAAAUAAGAUCCCAUUAUGACAUAUGGUUGUUGUUGAUUAUAAGACAAUAUAGUAUGGGAUAGGGGAAAGGGGGGUUAUAAAUUGCUUACUUGGUGUUCUUGGCAAUGACAUUCAGUUGCAGAAAUCAGGGUGGAUGAAAAAGGGAGAACCCCCUCCAGGAUAUAUAUAGUUAUAUGCUACAAGUUGAUAAUUAUGACUGGUUGCAACUGUUACUAUAAGUAUUGAUAUUCCAAUCUCUAAAGCUGAAUCUCUGCUCUUCAUGCAGCCACUAUUACUUUGGCUUUCCUUUAAUGAAAGCAAUUAUUCAAUGCACAUACUGAUAUAAAGUGCUUUAAUUUAAUUAAGAGAAAUGUUUCCAAUAUGUGUGCCUUAGCUUCUGACUCUGCUAAAUUUGUAUAAAAAUGAUCUAUCAAAGUCUGCUUGUCUGUAAUGAAUGCAGACACCAAUUGUCUAUAGUUAUGAUCAUUGAUAAAGAAACAAGACGCCUGCUCAGGCGUUCACACUGGCCUGAAAAUGGCAACUUUCGUGGUACUGGGUGUAAUGUGUAGUAGAGAAGUAGAUAGGGAUACAGGAUCAUAGGGAUACUGGAUCAUAUAAAUACAACCAAUAAAUACAAUCAUGAUCAGCAACUAUCAAACAUAAUAUACCAAGACGCCGGCUCAGACGUACCCUCCGGCUACGGGCAACUCAACCUGACAAGCCAGGCCCACUGUAAUACUAUGAUAAUCAACUACCAACCGUGAAUAAUGACGGGCCAAUAAUAGCGAAGAAAUUAUAGUCAUUGAUUUUUAAUGCCGUUAUAUGGCUAGUUUCAGGAGCUAAAAAGUUCAUAGACAUAGACAAUUCUUCUAAAAAAUACGCCAAUUUGCUUCCAUUUAUAAGAUAAACUGAUCCCAACCCAAAGCCCUUCUCUAACCCCAACCAGUAAACAUCUAAUAAACAAUUUGAGAAUUAAAAAAGGGGAGGGGGGAAGUUGGAUCUUGUUCCAAGAACAAAUCAAACCGUAUCGCGUUUCAAUUCGCCGCACGCAACGCCACCUCGCUGAAUACAAUCGAAAACAUACAUUAUAUAGUAAUAUAUGAUGAAUUAGAAAGUAAUUUGGCGCAAAUUAAUGUAAUUAGGUGCAAAUUUAUAAUUAUGCAAAUAAAUAAAAGAGCACAAGCAUGUUUAUGAGCCUACGUAGAACGUAUAUUUAUACUUGUUAAUUAAAAAGUUGAACUAUCAAACCUUUAACUUGUCCUUGUUUAUAUUCCACUAUAUUGUAUAAACUCGCUUGGUCCAAGUUUUGGGGUUUUCGAGUCGUUACACAAAGAAAAACACACUAAUUCAACACGCAAGAAAGGCCGGAGUGCGACACAACGUAAAAUCCAUAGAAAACCGGCACAAUUAUUUGAAAAUUCAACGAAACUGUGUGAAAUAUAUAUUAGAUCGCUCAGUGAAAAGCCGCCAUCUUGAAACUGAACUGAAUAUGUCACUGGAGCACGUUGCACCCUGAGCCUGCGAUGACCUAACGCAAACUCCAUUUCUCGUCGAAAACAGAAAACAGAAAAAGAGAGAUUUAAGACACUUGGGCUACAGGCCAGUGUAAUUAUGUAACCUUACGAAAUUAAAUAGCCUUCUAUUGGUUUCAUUCAACUAAUUUAUAUUAAUUAAAGUCACCAAUGAAAAUGCUAAAUUGAAAAGUACAUAAACAUCAACAUUUACAACUCGAUUUACACUUACAACGGCAACAUGUGCAAGAAUCAUUACUUUCAUAGUUUCAUUAUAGUACUCUCAAUGCCAUUAGUCAAUAAUUUUCUUGUCAAAAAUUGCGAACCAGUUCGUUUCCACUACUGUACGUAUUAAAUGAUGAAACCCUUCAAAUGCUUGCCACAAAUGCACUGUCGACAUUUGCCAUACUCAGACUAGUAAAAUACGUUGUUAUGACUAUAUAUACGGUAUAUAUAUAUAUAUAUAUAUAUAUAUAUAUAUAUAUAUAUAUAUAUAUAUAUAUAUAUAUAUAUAAAUCGGAUCGAAAGUUUGCAGGAAUAAAUUUACGUAGUGUUUCCACAAACAAAACUAUUAUAUGUUUUAUCGCCACGCAUGCAAACAUACAAAGAACAUAUCAAAACUAUAAAAUAAAAUUUUAUCCCAUAUUUUUUUUGAUGUUUUCGGAUGUAUUGACGUUAAAAUCUCAGUAAAGUACUGUUUUUUCGCUUCUGAAUAAACAUCGCCGCUAUGUUAUCAUAUUUUUACACUUUCCACACAAAAAAACGGGACAAAAACCGGCUUUCGUUGUGAGCACAAAAUCUUAAAACUCACAAUAUAAUCAAAAUAAAUAACAAGAAACAAGCCAUUAAAGUCGACACAAUGGCUUCUGAAUUUGGCUCGUGAAGCAGCUUUCGCUUGUUUUCCCGCGUUUUCUCCCGUUUCCUAGGAUACGAGGCCUCGAUCACAAUUGAUGAACAAGGUCUAUAAUGCAGUUUCAUUUAUUUAAGAAUGCGGCAAAAGUUUGGGAACUUCUCCGAACGGAUUUCCACCUGGUGGCAGUGGUCUUGAUUUGACGAUAAAAUGUGCAAAGGUUGGAAAUUGGUUUUCAGCGGAUAUCACUUGGGAAAUUCCAAAACCACAAUGUAAGUGAGAGUUUUAUGGUGAUGUUGCGCGUCAUUUACUUACACAAAUAAACUUUACCCAACAUUGUAAAGUUCUUAUUUAUGUUUUAUUAGUCUAUUUCUCUGUGUAUAUCUAUAUAUCUAUAUGUUCGUGUCCCAUCGCACGUAAACGACCACGUUCCUACUAAUUUCCAUCUCCCGUAAGGAGGUCACGUGGUAGGAGAUCAACAUGCAACAAACAUCACAUCAUUGUGUUGUUUGCAAAGUGGUGAAUUCAAAGCCUUUAAACCGACUGCUGCAAUUUAUAGUUGCUUAUUAUGAUUUAAUCUCACUCGUACGUGCAAAAGGUUAUUAAGAGAGUAACCUCUUGUACUAGAGUGUGGCAAAAGAGAGUUUCAAUCACGUUUUACGUGAAGAAAAACAGCAAUUUUAUACGUUUCACAUGUAAAAACUACCAUUCCACAAAACUAUAAAAAACACGUUUGCUGUCUGACGACCAGUGUCAAUGGAAUUUUUUGUUACAAGGCCAAAAAAAUAUAUGUGGGUUUCCGGUUUCUUCUUAUAAAAACUUAGGUAGGGUUGGUAGGUUUUAACUUUUUUUUUAAUUUUCCGAAUAAGCGGACGCCAUUUUGUUUAGUCAGUGUUUCCACAUUCAAAGAUAAAUUUCCUAAUAUUGCCUCAAAUUUCAAUUUUCCACAAACUUUUUCCUCUAAGUCGAAACACUUACAAGCAUGAUCCAAUAAAAAAGUUUAGGGUAGGGAUUUCCAAAAGCUAGGUAGGGUUGGCCCAAGCAAAAAACCACACAAAAGGACAUCGGGAUGUGUUCACUUUGGAGAGAAGAAUUGUUGUAUUCCGUAUUUUUUUUAUAAUUAUCAUGCAUGUACUGCAGGAAUUGAAAGACAUUUCGAUGUAUGAGAUUUCGGUAAAAUGCAUCAUCUGAUAUUACAAUUUUACUAUAAUCGCCUGACUAUUUAAUUAGCAUGUGCCAAUCUUUGGUUAUCUUAAUUCCUGUUAUUUAAAGUGAUAUGCUAAUGAAAACCUAGAUUAUUUGUGCGGUUGGCAAAAUACGAAGGUGCGCCACCAUACAGUUUUUCACCCAUAUACAGGCCAAAAGUCUGUUUGUUUAUAACGGCAAUAGGCUAUAUCAUGAUACACGGAUGGAAAUCGAGCUUGUAAUAUUGACUCUUGUGUUAUCUACACAUACGUUAUUGACAUAAACUUUAUAUUUGUUAGUUACCGGAUUGGGUUGCUGUGGCACCUGAGCCCGCGUUAGUCAUUGGUCAUUUUA